GAAGUCACUUAAUUCUAAAAAAAAACGCGUUUAAAAAAAUAAUUGAUUUCUUGAUUAUGUAGUUUUUUUUACAUUAGUCAUCUAUGUUUUAUAGAAUGGAUCUUCCUUUUUAACUUUCUUUUCUUCCUAUUUUAUUAGAAAAAAACGAAAACUGAGGAGAAGAGCUGCAUGGAACACUAGGUCGGUCGGUCCGUUUACCUUCACGUAGGCGCGCCCAUUUUAGUUACAGCUCGAAGAAUAUUUCAAAUAUCCAUUUGAGGAUUUUUGCAUAUUGUAAGACUUCAAAUUAUUUUUAAAAAGAAAUUUCUAAAGAAACUUCUUAAACAAUUGUAGAAUAUGAUCGAAAGUUUAUUAGUAUUUUGUGCCUUUCUGAAAUUUUGAAGAAAUGUAUGUAACUGUUAUUUUACACUAUAAGAAUACGAAUAAACUCAACAGUUGCUUAUCAACGUGGACGCCCUAAAUUCCAACGGUCCGACACCCGUGGCUCGUACCAAGAGAAUUAAAGAGCACGCAGACUGGUGAAGUGGGGUAGGCAACCGAAUGAAGGCGAAACGCGCUACAAUGCGAAAUACAAAACGGCAGCAUGGAGAAGUAGAGGGAGAAACAAGAAGAAGUGGAGGAGGAAGAAAAAGGGGAGAAGCCGGCUGAUGGAGGCAUGCAGAGGCAUGCUUUUAGUGAAACGUUGUGAAGCGCCGGUGACUCUUGCUCGCUUCGAUUCUACCUGUUCGUUCCGUACGGUUUUUUCCGACCUCCCGCUGCGUUCUUUUUUUGUAUUGUAGCACAGAUUCUUAUUUUACAUUGCGGACGCGUAGUUAGUUCCACAGUGUUGAGAGUAUAAAGUGUUGAGAGAAUAAAUCUCUCAUAGUACGCAGACUAACUUACGCGAGUUUCGUCGUAUUAUUUCGCGCCGAGUCAAUUGCGUGAACGAAUAAUUGGGGCCAAUUAAGUGGGCGCGAUGACUUCCGCGUACAAAAUGAUGAUAGAAUGCAAGGAGGCAGAAGACACUGCGAAGAUAUUCCGCGAGAUGUUCGAAAGCGAACUGGAUGAGCUGGAAAAAGCCGCCUUGUCAUUACCACGAGGUAGUCUUGCAACAGGUGACUCGUCUUUCAAAGAAUCCACAAUUUCUUCUACGAAAGUCAGCGUUUUACCCAAUGAAUCACUCGACGGAGAUUCGGGAGCGUUCGAGAAGGAGAAUGAAGGUAAAGACGAGGAAUGCGCUGGCGAUUCUAGAAAUUUGGCAAAUUUGGAUAUUUCGCGUAGAUCCAAAAACGAGGAAUCGCUUCUCGAAGAUGAAAAGGAGAAGAGGGAAUCGAUUACAUCAGUAACAUCGAUGGAUAAUACCGCGUCAGAAAGCGCUUCCAUGUGCGCGAGACAGGAACAGGUCAAGGAUCAGAUCAAGGAUCUCGAUAAGGAUCAAAAAAAUCGGGACAUGCUGGAGAUACAAGAACGACAUGCGUGUGACGAAGAGAAAUCCGAAGAUGCACUGGCAAAACGAAUACAAGAGGCCAUAACAACGAGGCUCGAGUUGCUUCCCCAGCACACAGCCUGGAUGACCCAGAAGCAAGAUCAGAAUGAAAUUAGCUUUUACAAUGCCAUGCGAUCGGGAAACACCAAGCGUGCUUUGGCGUUGCUCGCCAGCGGUUGCGUGCAAAACCUGGAUGAACCGGAUUGGAACAGCUCGGGCGAUCCACCCCUUUUGAUGGCAGCGACGAGUUGUUGCCUGCCUUUGCUUAGUGCGCUGCUAAUGAACGGGUGCGAUCCAGCUGUACGCUCGCCGCGGGGUGAAACGGCGCUUCAUCGAGUAAUCUUGAAGGGCGAACCAGAUCACGUGUUGAACUGUGUGGAGGAGCUCUUAAAAUAUGGUUGCCCGACUAGCGCCAAAUUGGCCGGCACCGGAUCAACUGCGUUGCACUUGCUCUCUCGUCAACUGGCUCACAUACCAUUAAAAUCCCUUCGUCACCAUUUCAAAGCGGCCGUGAAAACGCUGGAGUUGAUGGCGAAGGCAGGACCUAUAAAUGCCAAAGAUCAUCAGGGUCGAAGCGCUUUGCACAUUUUAGCAUCGUCGACUGUCUUCGAUAAUAAUGACAAGACUGACAUCGCGACGCUAAUUGAUACGCUUUUGGCUGCCGGUGUAGACACUACGUUGAAGAAUGACCGCGGAGAGACCGCUCUGCACGAGAGUAUGGAGUGUGGUACGUUGAAUACGGCAAUGCUGUUGAUACCACACACACCGACGGGUAUAACGUCGCGAUACGGCGAGACCCCGUUGCAUAUAGCGUCGCGGAAGAAUCACGUCGAUAUGGUGAAGAAACUGCUGGAGCAUGGCGAGGAUCCCAGCAAGCAAGACAUCAGCGGGAAUACCCCGUUGCAUCUCGCGUCAGCGAGGGGAUUUUAUGAAACGGUAGGGCUGUUGGUCACUUCGCCCUUAGCUGAAUUGGAGAAAGUCAACAUCGACGACUUAACCGCGCUGCAGGUCGCCGCCGAGAGCAGAUUCAUCAACGCCAUGAAAAUACUGUUGAAGGCCGGCGCUGAUCCCAGCAAUACCAAAUAUCAAGUCACCAACCUGUAUCGUUAUCCGGAUGUCUCAGCUCUGAUCGACGAAUUGACCAAACGUCGACAGUUCACCGCCUGAUACGUUGAUCUUCGUUUCGUUACUGAUAUCCAUCUGAUAUCGUUUGCCUAAAAUCGUUAAAUAUUGCUCCAUCGACAAGAUACAUCAUAUUUGUUGCUCAAUGUUCGAUAUACGUGCAAAAAUUAUAUGUGCAAUCGUAAGCAUGAUAUAAAAUCGUUGCCAUAUAUCUCGGCUGUGGAUCAAAAUGCACUUAAUUUAAAAGACUGCAAUAUUACGAUCUAUGAUUUAGAUAUAAGUGCAAUAUACUUUAUAAAUCAACGUUAAUGUUAUUAUUGCCAUUAUCAUUUCGUUUUCAUUAUUGUCAUUUAUAAUCAUUUAUAAUCUUGCCAUCAUUAAUAUUACAUUAUAAAUAUUUUAGCUUUAUUAUCGUUUUAUUAUCGUCAUGGUUUGAAGGGAGAAUAAUAAAGUGAAAUAGCAUGAUUUUUAUAACAUUAGUGUAUAUUUUAUAAAUCCACAUAAUUUGAAAUGAAGCAAGAAUAAUCGGGAGCACGUCUAUAUAUACAGCUAUACGAAAACGAACGGAUUUUAAAUCAUUUCCCUCAAAGUAUAUCACAUCUAAUAUCUGGAAGGCUGUGUUAGAAAAUUUAUACGAAAUUAUAUGAAAUAAAUAUCAUAUAAUGAUCGUAUAAUAUACAGAAUAUAAUUCACUUUGCUGAUUGAACCGUGAAGAAGACAUUGUAUAAAAAUAAAUACGUCUUUCCUA